GUCAAGACUGGUGGAACCCAGGGCCAAGUUCAGAGUUUGAGGAAGCUUCCGAUCCAAUUAAGGUCAGAGAGGAGUAUUGACCCAGUUAUCUAUUGAACUAACGCAACAAUUCCAUAGACGCAGAACAGUGCAGAUCGCAAAAAAACAGGAUCCAACAGAAGCAGGCCAAAAGUAGAACACCGGGACUCGAGGGCAAACCCCCAUACAAGCGGAAUCAAUAACUUUCAACAGCAAUGGCGUCCAUCAACAAGCUUUCGGUCMGUGGGGUCCGAUCCUUCUCUCCGGAAGACGCCGAGCAGGUCCUGGAGUUCUACAUGCCCCUCACCGUCAUCGUGGGGGCCAACGGCUGCGGGAAAACCACCAUCAUCGAGUCCCUCAAGUUCGCGGUCUGCGGGGCACUCCCCCCGGGGAAAACUGCGGGCCAGGCCUUUGUCCACGAUCCCCGGAGCAUCGGAUCCUCGGUCGUCAAGUCGAACAUCAAGCUGCGCUUCAACAACGCGGCGGGGCACACCAUGGUCAUCGUCCGGUCCAUGGAGGUCAAGCAGUCCAAGACGAAGCUCAACUUCAAGCAGCUCGACGGGACGAUCCGGGCCACCGACCAGCACGGCCAGAGGGUUUCGAUGAGCCACAAGUGCACGGAGCUCGAUCGGCAGGUCCCGCUGAUGCUGGGUGUUUCGAAGGCGAUCCUCGAGAACGUCGUCUUCUGUCACCAGGAAGACGCCUCCUGGCCGCUGCAAGAGGGUGCCGUCCUCAAGAAAAAAUUCGACGACAUCUUUGACUCGACGCGUUACACCAAGGCCCUCGACGUCUUUGUCAAGGCAAAGAAGGAGUACAUCCUCAAGGCCAAGGACCACAAGGCGGUGGUAGCGGAACUCCGAUCGCACCGGCACGCCGCCCAGGGAUUCCGGGCGGAGAUUCGAAAGCACAACGAACAGAUGGAGGAGCUUGAGGACCAGCUGGAAAGCGGCCGCCACGCCAUCCGCGAAAACAAGGAAGAACAAAAGAUGGUCGAUGAGCUCCUCGAUAAGAUCAACGAAAUCGAGGAUCGAUUCGAUAUCAAGGAGCAGGAAUACGUCAACGCAAAAGAGACGGCGCUCACCCGGCGGGGAUUGCUUGAGGAGGACCUCACCGAUCGGUUCAGCGAGGAUGAACUCAGGGACCAGCUCCGGGCCUUCGACGGGAAAAAGGAAGCACACCAGGACCGGAAGCGGGAACUAGAAUCCCGGCAGAGGACCCUCAAGCGCGAGCUCGAGGCCAUCCGGCACCAGCAAUCGGAACUGCAAUCCGAGGUGGGCCGCCUCCAGGCCUCGAAGGAAGCCGAUACCGAGAACCGAAAGAAGCGCUACGACAAAAUGUGCGCGAUCGGUACCACUUACGGCCUGGAAGACGUGGUCUCGCAGAUCACCCAGAAUUCACAACUGGCCGCUGGUUCCACCCAAGACUCAAGCGGGUCCUACCAUUCUCGGCACCACACACAGGGCGACGACGACGACUCGGCCGACGGCCGGGAUAUGGCGGCACCACCCGCCAUUCUCGACAUCCCCAAAAAGGACCUGGACGAGUACUUCCGGGUUGUUCGGAAGAAAAAAGACGAGCUGGAGGACCAGGUGGCUGCCGAAAAGAGCAAGGCUCGGGAGCAAGAAGAUGCCUUCAACAACGAACUGUCCGACCUCAAGGGGAAACUAAGCUCCGUAGAGCUUCGAGCGGACGAGCUGCGCACGGCACAGCUCAAGCUGAACAACGAUAUAGCUGAGCGAACACGAAAAGCAAGGCAGGGUGAGCAUCGAAGAAAAGCUCUCAUUGCUUCCAUUAUGCCUCGGAAUCCAUUUCCAUCCAUGCUCAUCCAUACUCCUUAUCUGUUUCCUUCUUCAACCUCCACAUUUAUUCAUUCUUUUCUUAAUGAUUUCCCUCGCCCCGGCAGUUCCAAAAACUCGCAAAACCAAUAUUGAUGAGGCGAGAGCGAACGCUGAAAAAGCAGCCAGAGCCAGAGACGAGGCCAACAAUAACUCACGGCAAAAGGAAAUUCCUAUCGAAAUCGGUAGUCUCAACAACAAGAUCGAGGAUCUCAAAAAGAAAAUCGAAAUCGACAGGGCCGUACAGGAAGACCUCCGUAGUACAUUCAAGGCGCAAAGCGCCAUCGAACAAAUGAAGGCAAAGUGCAAGACUGACCUGGAAGAGCUCAAGAUCAACGUUUCGGAGUACUCUUUUCUUUGCCAGUCCCAAAGGAUCACGCCUCCGCCCCGUGAACUUCCGGGAAAUGACACAGACGGGAAUGGCGAGGAGCUCAAGAGGAUUAUGGAAAAGGUCAACAACGAAAUCAAUAGCAAGAAGGAGGACAGAGAACUAGAGCUCGGGAGACAACAAGACGCGAUCCAUCGGCUCGAGGCAAUUGUGUCGGAGAAAUCUGCUCUGCACAACCACUCCGUCCAAUCCAUCCGCCAGAAACAGAAGCGCCUUGGAGCACUACAACCAAGCAUCGAUGGGACGAAAAAGGUAGUCGAAGAUCUUCGUUUCUUUGAGCAGCACGAACAAAAAAUCCCGACCCCGGUUGCGAUCACGGAUGGCCGCCCUGAUGAGCUUCUGUCCUACGUGACGAAACGCUUGGACGAGAUCGAGGACAGAUCCACGGAGAAUAUUCCACCAAAGAUGGUUAAGCAAGUGCUUCAGCAAAUAUUCUACCUGGUAAGUUUGAGAUUGAAAAUCCUAGUGAUGCUACUAGGAAAGACUUGCUACCUUCGUUCUCAUUUUUCUUCGACUUCAUUCCUCUUUUCGAAAGUCAAAACCCGCCAAGGUCGGGGCUGGUGAUGACUUUGUUUGCCCUUGCUGUGAACGCAGUAUGCCAGACGAGGCCGAAUUCAAGAGGUUUCAGGACGCCAUGAAAAAAUUAUGGUCCGACGGAUCCCCAUUACUCCAGGUUGACGACUGGACUAAGACUGCCAAGGUAAGUCAACCGACAAGAAAUAAAUCGAUUUGCAUACGCUAGUAUUUGCGUUCCUCAUCGAGUUUUUCCCAUGCCUUCUCGGUCAACAACAAAACUCUAAAAAUAGGCCAAGUAUCAAGAAUGGCAACGCCUUGUCAAGGGAGCGGUUGGUGAUAUUACGGAGCAUCAGCGCCUGCAAAAAGACCUGGUCGAGCUUCAAAAGAACGUUUCUGACUUGGAUAGGAUUCUCAUAGACCGCAAGGGGGAGCGAGACAAAAUAAAAUCAGACAUUCAGAACGUCGAGUUAGAUUUGAAAGAACUCCGUGAACUCUCCGACGCUUCGAAACGCUGGGUGGGAGAUUCUUCGCGCAUCGCUAUGGACCGCAUUCAAGUCAAUGAAAAGGAGUCGAAUUUCCGUCUGAUGAAUUCCGAUAGAGAAGGACGCGACCUGAAACAAGUUGAGGGAGAACUAUCCGACUCGCUUCAAAGGAAAGACGAGUAUGCUGGUACGUGUUUAGUCCUAUUUUUGAGAUGGAAAUCAAAUGGCAAUUACUAAGUCCGGAAGAAGUCGCACACUCUCAUCGUUCGGUUUUCCACCGCUUCUCUUACUUAUGUACUCAUAUACGAGUAGAUAAGAUCACAAAACUUAACACUGAGCUAGCUUCUCUCAAUGACCGCGUACAACAAGCAUCCACUAAUGCAACUCGUCUCGAGCAUCUAUUCAAAAGAAUGGAAGAGAAAUACCAAGAGCAAAUCAAAGAUGAAGAAACCUUAGCUGUGUUUCAGACAGAGUACUUGAAGAAAAGAGCCGAACAGGAGAAGGUACGUCGAACAGUUCUGUUCUUUUAAAAAUUAGAAUUUUUACGCGAUUCACAGUGCAUAUAAUGCAGACUGAAAUUGCUUCUUUUGUCCACUUGUCUGGAUGUAUCUUCGCUUCACGCAGCUCUCCGACCAGAUCAAGCCAUUGAAACAACGUAUCGAAAAGAAAGAAAGUGACCGGACUCGAGCUCGAAAUCUGGCCGCAGAGGAAGAAAGGCGAAUAAGCAGCACCCUGGCUUUAUUCAAUAAUGACAUUGCAGGAUUACAAAACAUUGUUGAUGCAAUCAAUGAAUACGAAAAGUCAAAUUCUAAGGACGAUGUCGAUCGAAUGGAAGCUCAGAGAAACGAGUUGAUUCGAAAAGCCAAAGAAAAAGAUGAAGAGAUCGAGAAAAUGACUCCUGAUCUGAAUCGCAUGGAACGAAUGGUUGAUGACCAGGAACGUCAGCGCAAAAACCUUGAAGAGAACAUCAAUUUGAUCCGGUCCACGGUAAAAAUCAAAGCAUUAGAAAAAGAAAUUGGCAGGAUAGAAAAAGAAAAGUCAAGCGUAGGUGACCGCCAAAGAUUGCAAGAAGAUCAUGAAAGUCUUCAAAAUCGGAACGAGCAAUUGAUUGAAAGCAACGCACGAUUGGAAGGUAGACGCGCGGAGAUUAAUGACACAAUUCGUGGAUUGAAAAGAAAGUUGUCGCAAAAUGAGUAUAGAGAUGUCGAAGAAGAUUUCAGGAAAGCUUCGAUCAGACAAGAUACUACAGAAAUGGCCGUCAAGGACAUUGAAAAAUAUCACUCGAAUCUUGACAAAGCUUUGCAACGCUACCACGGCAUCAAGAUUACAGAAAUCAACGCAAUUAUUAGGGAUCUUUGGAACCUUACGUAUAAGGGUGAGGAUAUUACCAACAUUGAAAUUAUUUCUGGAAAUGACUCUGCUGGUCGAACCACUCGCUCAUACAACUACCGAGUUGUCAUGUCGAAAGGUGGAGGAAGUCAAAUGGAUAUGAGAGGUAGGUGCAGUGCUGGACAGCGUGUUCUUGCAAGCAUCGUCAUUCGUUUGGCGCUCGCGGAAACAUUUUGUGUGAAAUUCGGGUGCAUUUCACUGGAUGAGCCCACGGUGAAUCUGGAUUACAACAACAAAAAGGGGCUCGCCGUCGCCCUCGCUCAGAUUAUCGCAUCCAGAUCGCAGCAAAGUAAUUUUCAGUUGGUUCUGAUUACUCACGACGAAGACUUUGUCUUGAUGAUGAAAAACGAGUUGUCAACACAAUCAAACGUAAGCAUGCCCGAGAAAUACUUUCAGAUCAGGCGAGAAGAAGGAGUCGACGGGAAAUACUACUCGAAGAUUGAUGCGAUUGAUUGGGAAGAAUUGCUUUAACGGUUUUUGGACGAGUACCGAGUGCCAACAAACAGAGAAAACUCGCUUGUUCUUGCAUCAGUUUCUCCAGCGCCUUGAGGCUACCUCUACUAGAUAUCCAAAGUACUAUGUUUUACUCCGUUUCGUUCACAGAAUCCGACGUAUUUGAAAUCAAUUCCAAAAACAUAGAGAAAUAUCUAUUUGAGAGUAGAAUUUUUAAUCUUCAAUUAACGUUUUAAUGUUCC